AUGGCGCACCAAGCGAUCGACAAUGAUUCGCAGUCGUGGAAUCCGGCAUCACGACCCGAGAAGAAUAACACUCCUGUUACUAUGAGCUCGAUCGAGGGUGAAUUGCCUGAGCCGAUUGCGGCGGAUGAGCCCAAGGACCUCGCCGAUGCCAUAUCUCCACAAAGUGAGGAUUUCUCUGCGUGGGAUAUAUCCGAUGAGGUAGACGCGAUUCAGCCUCAACCCACUAGCUUGGACAUGGUAGUGAACAAUGUAUCACCAACGGUAGAUCAGGCCGUCUGUCCAGACACUGAUUCCGUCGAUAAGACCAGUCAAAUCCCCGACGAGACGAUCGAAACGGCUCAUACACCUGUCGUGCCAUCUGUUGAGACUGCAGACACCGCCCUAAAGCCGACCCUGCCCGAAACUCAGCCCGCGCAGCCAGUUCAGACCGAAUCACCUUCAGUCCAAUCCGAUGUGGAGGGUAGUAAUAGCUUUCCGACCACUAUAGAUGGGGCAGCAUCCGUUCAGACCGGAACCUCUGAUAUUGCCGUUCCCACUGUCGUACCUGAACAAGAAACCACCCUGGAGUCGACGUUUGUGAAAGAGACUACACCAUCAAAGGAGGAACAUACAGCAGCACCCGAGCCUAUUUUGGACACUUUUAAACAUGAAUAUACCACUGUGUCCACUCCCACCGAAGAACUGUUCCCACAAACAGACGGGGAGACUGCCGAUUCGGAGGAUCCCUGGGCCAGCUUUGAGAAGGACCUUGGCAAUACUCUGCCCUCCGCCGAAGAGGCUACACCUAGAGAAACCUCCCAUACUAUCCCAGAGUUUGCCUCAACCUCUACUCAAAUCCAGGAUAGUAAUGAGCCCAAGCUUAUUAAAGAAGGUACACGUCCAUCGCCAGAGGAAACGACGUCCACGGGUGCGAAAAAUGACGAGGAGAGUACUGGUGUGUUCACCUCCACCGAAGAGGCCAUUGUUCCGACUGAGAAUGAGCAACAUGAUCUCGUAUCUCGCUCGGUAAAUGCCGAAUCUCAGAAUACCGAUUCAACCCUUCCUAUCGCGGAGGCCUUUGCACCAACCAACGAUACCCAUCCAGAUGCGGCCGCAGCCGACGCGGAUACAAACACUAAGGAUCAACCUUUCUGGGAAAACGAGCCGAGCGGUGAAGUUGACUCUGAUGAGGAUGACUUUUUCAAUCAACUCAACACCCAGACAAAGCCUAUCUUUGCGGAAGCCGAGUCCAGGUUCGAGGAAGGUGUCCCAUUGUUGGAUGAAUCUACACCGGCUUCGCCUCAGCACCCACCGAAGGAAGAAAAAUCCAUCGACAGUGUGUUUUCUAAUGAUGAAAACGACGCAGAUGGCUUUUUCAGCUCGGCUCCAAAGCCAGAGGGAAAGAAUGACGAUGAGGAUUUCUUCGGCUCUACUUCAAAGGAAGAGGCUGAGGAGCAACCCGCCGUUCAUCUCACCCGAAAGAGCACAUCUCAGGUUUUGGAAUCGGCUGGGUUUGCUAUUGACUCCCCAGUUAGUGACACCUCGGCUGCAGCGCAGUUCAAUGAUGCCCUGAAGGCUGCGUCCUUGCAUCCCCAGACAACAGCCGACCCCUCGGAGGAAGAGCUAGCGGCACGAUGGGAAGCUGAGCUAGGUGAUUUACCGGAGGAUGACCUGGCAGCUCGUUGGGAGGCGGAAUUGGACGAUGACGAUAUACUGCUCGAGACUGAAGCCACCCAGCCUGUCUCUGCACAGGAGGAUAUUCAUCAAACUCCUGUUGAACCUACCACCAAUGGUCUGUCGGCUGGCUUGAAUAGUCCCUUUCAGACCCCUCAGGCCUUUUCGCAGCCAAGGCCUGUUCCUAGCAUAUACACACCCCACCAACCGUCCACUGGUGAUCUAUUGCAGGGUAUUCCUCUCGCAGGAACUGCGCCGCAAGCCACCGCAGGGAUGUCAUCAUACUUCUCGCAGCCACCGCCGAACCCCGUGGCAACCAGGGGAGAGAGUUUUGCUGAGCGGCCAAAAGAGGGUUACAAAUCACCUUACGACCUUCCAGAUGAUAUCCGACCCCGAAAGCCGGUCGUUACUCACAAGCCUACUCCCCCAGUAGUGACAAGUAUGCCCCCACCUCCUCCCCCAGGUGCUUCUGGCGUCCCGAUUCCUGCUGCAGCUGGCUUUCCCCCUGCGGCAGCCCCUCCCUCAGCUGUUCCUGCUCCCCCUGCGCCCAAGAAUUUCUACGAGGAACUGCCUCUGGCGCCACCACGGUCUAGGCCUGCCAGCUCAGGUCGGUACACCCCUAAUCCGCAGGUGGCGCCGACGAUGAUCGGGUCGUCUAUCCCUCCUCCCCAAGUUCAAUAUGCUGCUGCCGCACCACCGGCGCCACAGCCUUUCGCGCUCCCAAUCCAAUCUACACUCCAGCCACCUGAACAGCUGGACCCGUAUGCUAGCCUAGCAUCGAGUGCUCCGGCCGGACCGCCUGCCGUUGCAAGGUACUCUCCUCAGCCUACCGGCUUGCAAGCGCCCUCAAAGCCACCUUCGGUGCCGAGAUAUUCCCCUGCGCCCCCUCCCACCUCUUCGGGUCGCAAUCGAUAUGCCUCUCAGCCACUUAAUGUCCCUGGCCAAAAUUUACCUUUCCAGCCACGGACGUCAAGUCCGCUUGCACAUCAUGAAAAGGUUUCUUACCAACCCAAUCAAGGACACAAGCCACCGUCUCUCGAGCCUGCGAUCAAUCUUUCUCCAUCGCGCGUGCAAGGAGCUGGCUUCGGACAAAUCCCAUCUGCUUCUCCGCAAUAUCUCAAUGGCCCUGCCGGCCUAUCACGGAGAGAAAGUGCGGGCUCACCCGUGCAGUCGUCUCCGCCUCAGAGUCGAUAUGCCCCUCAGGAAUAUCUCAAUGAAUUCGCCCAGCGUCUUGCGCCGGCCCCAGAAUCCGCUCCUCCUCCUGCUCCCGCGACGAAUGUAUACAUGUCCCCACCGUCUAGCGAUAUUCAGAUGGGUCCUCUUCGUAGGUCCCAGACCCAAUCGCCUGCCCGGGACUUGACGAGCCCGCGUUCCUACGGACAGAACAUCGAUACCCUCCAACGGCCGGCUUCGGUGCAAGUUUCAGGCUCGCCUACUAAAACCGUGAAUCCGUAUGCCCCUAUGCAGGCUGCUUCUCAGCCCCGGGCUCCCACCCAGCAUCUGGAAUUCAUCGCCCCCAAUGAUGGACAGGAGCAUGAUCCCCUGGAGAGAUGGAAGGGUGCUCCGAUCUUCAAAUUCGGUUUCGGUGGAUCUGUAGUAUCUUGCUUCCCCAGACACAUUCCUCGCUACUCUGUUGGCCAAGUGGCGCCAAUGAUUCAACCCACUCUUGGCGAACCGAAGAUCUCCCAGCUGAGCGAAUGGCUGCCCUCUGCUGAUACCAUUGUGCAGCACCCUGGGCCCCUCAAGGCAAAAUCGAAGAAGAAGGACUUGAUUGCUUGGCUUUCUAGUAAGAUUGCGGCCUUCGAAAAUUCGGACCUUCCAAGUUACGAACAAGUGCAGUCCGAUACGCACAAACGCCAGGAGGAAAAAACCCUUCUUUGGAAGGUUGUCAAGCUUCUGGUGGAGAAUGAUGGCAACCUGGAGAGUUCCCCUGAGAUCCAGAAGUCUCUCCGCCAGAUCAUCUUCCCCAGCUUACCCAACCCCGACGUAGACGGAUCAUACACCAGCAGCUUAGCUGCCUCGGGGGGACUUGCCCCUUCGGAAAUCCCUUCGCAGCCUGAUGCUGUUGACGGACAAUGGCUGGAAGAGCUUCGCCUACACUUGAUCCGUGGUGAUCGAGAGAAGGCCGUAUGGAGCGCUGUUGACCGACGGCUUUGGGGACAUGCGAUGAUCAUCUCAUCCACCAUGGACAGGUCGAUCUCGAAACAGGUCACGCAGGAAUUUGUCCGCCGCGAGGUCAGAUCCAAAGCCGCAAACACCGAGUCACUUGCGGCCCUAUACGAAAUCUUCGCUGGCAAUAUCGAAGAAAGCAUUGACGAACUCGUGCCCCCGUCUGCCCGAGCCGGUCUGCAGCUGAUCAGCAAGGCCGAUGGCCAUGGCUCCACUAAGAAUGCCCUCGAGGGCUUAGACAAGUGGAAGGAUACCCUGGGACUAGUUUUGAGUAACCGAAGUUCUGAGGAUCACCAGGCACUGCUUUCCCUUGGCCGUCUGCUUAGUUCUUAUGGACGGACAGAGGCGGCUCACGUUUGUUACAUCUUCUCGCGUGCUGCUGUUUUCGGCGGCCCUGAUGAUCCACAGGCCAACAUCGUUCUCCUUGGCGCUGACCAUCAGCGUUGCCCUUCUUCCUUGAUGGAUGAAGACGCUAUCUUGUUGACUGAGGCUUAUGAGUAUGCUACCUCUGUUCUCGGCAACUCCCCAACAGCCAAUCUGCCACACCUGUUGGCCUUUAAGAUAUUGAAUGCCAGGUGCCUCGUAGACCAGGGUCACAACCUAGAGGCGCAAGGCUAUUGCGACGCAGUGGCAUCGGCAUUGAAAGCAACCACUCGUCCCUCGCCUUAUUAUCACCAACACCUCUUUGCGGAGGUCGAAGAGCUGUCUGCACGUUUGCGCCAAACAACCAGCGAUACUGGCUCUUGGAUCUCGAGGCCAAGCAUGGAGAAGGUCUCUGGGUCUAUGUGGGCUCGUUUCAAUAGCUUCGUGGCAGGCGAUGAAAGUGAUGCUGCGUCGGCUGGAUCCGGAAAGGGUGGCGAGCAAGCGGAAUUUGGUCCUUUUGCAAACGUCGCUGGCACCCCAACAAUCAGCCGCUCACCUUCUGUGUCUGACAUUUAUGGUUCUUAUCCUGGAGCAGCAGCAGGAGCGCAGCCUAUUGCCACCAGCGGCCCGUCCAAGUAUCACCCAUCGAGCCAAUAUGCGCCAAAUGCCUCGCCCGAGCAGUUCAAGGGCCGAUCUUCAAUGGAUUCUCAGAGAUCUGCUUCCUACUUUCCGCCUGUUGGACAACGUCGAAGCUCACAAGAACUCUCGCCCUCGGUUGAUCAACAGAUGUCCUAUGGAGCUCCAAUGUAUGGUUCACCAAACGCAGGCGGCUAUCAACCAACUCCACCCCACUCCUCUUACAUUCCUCUUGCCCCGGUAGAAGAAGCUAUGUCACCCGCUGAGGUACCCCCAGCUGCACAGCCUAUGGUCAAUGGACUCUUUUACCAGCCUCCAGGACAGGCCGCCACAUCCAGCGAAUCUCCCUAUUAUCAAGGCCCUCCUGGUAUGCCAGCUGGUAUAUCAGACUCAGAGUCCCCUUACGCACCCGCCGUUGCCAGCUCGUCUUACGAGCCGGUCGCAGCUGGUGUAGACAUGGGCCAUGUUGCCCAGGAGGACGAUCUGCCACCUACUGCAGAUCAGCCAAAGAAGCAGUCAAUUAUGGAUGAUGAUGAUGAUGAUCUUGCCGCCCGGGCAGCGGCUAUCCAAAAGGCGGAGAAUGAUCGUAAAGCAAAUGAAGCGUUCGCGAAAGCUGCCGAGGAAGAUGCUAAAAAGGGUGCCCAUCAGUCUGGCAAGAAGGGCUGGUUUGGUGGUUGGUUCGGCGGAGCUAAGAAAGAAGAAAACAACUCCGGUGGCGGUCCUAUCAGAGCCAAACUUGGCGAAGAGAGCUCAUUCUACUACGAUAAGGACUUGAAGAAAUGGGUCAACAAGAAAGAUCCCAGCAGUAGCGCUCCAGUCCGUGCCACCCCGCCCCCUCCUCGAGGAUCCGCUCCCCCCAGUCGGACUGCGAGCUCGGGCAGCAUGCCGCCAAACGGUGCGCCUCCCAUGCCUGCGAUGCCCCCAAUGUCGGCCUCUGGGAGCCGUCCUCAAUCUUCCUCCACAGCCGCCCCGCCUUUCUUGUCAUCCAGUCCCGGCCUCUCUGGUCUCGCGCCUCAGCCUCUACCUCGGUCCGUUUCUACGGGUGCGGCUAUGCCAACACCGCCUGGUAGUUCUAACGGCCCGCCGCGGCCCUCCUCCUCCUUGACCCAUGCUAGCUCAAUCGACGAUUUGAUCGGUGCGCCUCAGGCCCGCAAGGGCAACACUGUGCGCGGCAAGAAGAAGGGCCGUUACGUUGACGUGAUGGCCCAAUAA